AUGGAGAAAUCAGAAACGCAAGACGUAGAUAACUGGAUUAAGAAACUACAAGAGUUUAAACAGCUCAGUGAAAAUGAACUUAAAUCAUUAUGUGAAAAGGCAAGAGAAGUACUAAGUGCUGAAUCCAAUGUAAAAGUAGUUCAAAGUCCUGUCACAGUUUGCGGGGAUAUUCAUGGACAAUUGUACGAUCUUUUAGAACUUUUUAAAAUUGGUGGAUCAAUACCAGAUACGAACUAUUUAUUUUUAGGUGAUUAUGUUGAUCGAGGUUAUUAUUCUGUAGAAACUGUUUCACUUUUAUUAGCACUUAAGGUUAGAUUUAGAGAUAGAAUUACAAUUCUUCGAGGAAACCACGAAAGUCGGCAAAUAUCACAAGUUUAUGGUUUUUAUGAUGAAUGCUUACGGAAAUAUGGAAGUCCCAAUGCUUGGACUUUAUUUACAGAUCUGUUUGACUAUUUGCCUAUAACUGCCCUCAUAGAAGAUAAGAUAUUCUGUAUGCAUGGUGGUCUAUCUCCAUCUAUUGAUACAAUUGAUCAUGUAAGGAUACUAGACAGAAUACAAGAGGUGCCACAUGAGGGUCCCAUGGCAGACAUAAUCUGGUCAGAUCCGGAUGAGAGAGGAGGAUGGGGCAUUAGCAAUAGGGGGUGUGGCUAUACAUUUGGGCAGGACAUCUCAGAAGUAUUCAAUCAUAGCAAUGGUCUUAGCUUUGUUGCAAGGGCCCACCAGUUAUGUAUGGAGGGUUAUAACUGGUGCCAUGAAAAGAAUGUUGUGACGAUAUUUAGUGCCCCUAACUAUACAUACCGCUGUGGUAAUGAAGGAGCUUUCAUGGAGUUGGAUGAUUCAAUGAACCACACAUUUGUUCAGUAUGAUCCUGCUCCAAGAAUUGAUGAGCCCAAAAUGGUUAAAAGGACUCCGGAUUAUUUUUUAUAGACUUCAUAGUAUUUCACAUGCAGAACCAAAGUCAGGAUUCAGGAAUGGACGAAGGAUGCUUAUCAAAAGAGGAUACCAUACUUCUCUAAGACAUAAAUAUUCAGAAAUCAACAAAUAUAUUUUUGUAAAAAACAGUACAGUGGCAGUUUCUGUUGAUUGACCAGUGGUAAAUGUUUACAAUUUAUUCUAGUGACACAUUUUAUUGGGGGGGGGGGGCAUGUUGACCUCCCAGUGCCCUCUUUCAUUCUUUUGCAUACACUUGUGCUACGAUUGUAUGAGACAGACCUUCAAUGGUAAGGUAUAGAACAUUCAGUGGAAGACAAAUUAUUUAACAUUUUCAUUAACAGCAGUACUCAAUGAAUUGGAAGAGUAACAAUGAAAGUCAUAUUUUAAGGCGGCAUUAUCGGACUGUCAUUUUAGACAAGCUGAAUCGACAGCGUAUGUAAAAUGUAAUGUACAUGUAUAGUUUAGCAGAACUCUGACUAAUAGCAGUACCUGACUUACUGACUUAUAUAUGUUGCUAUAGAUUUUAAAUAUAUUUAUAUAUUAAACCUAUUAUGUUUUAAACAACAA